GCAGAGUCCGACCCUGGAACCAGUCACAAAAAUAAAGUCCACAAAGGUUGCGAAUAUGGUGGAUACUUGGUUGGGUCCCACGUUCUGUAACACUCUUCCUCUCACCUUUACCGGCCCUACCAGAAUCCUCUCUUCUUCUUUUUCUUCUCCCAUGGCGUCCUUUCCAUCACAGCAUCGCCAUCAUUGUCACUGUUACUCAAAUGCUAACCCUACUCAUCCCCAGCCUGCAUUGCUCGUUUUUUCUGGAGGAACUGCCUUCAACGGCGUCGUAGAAGAGCUUAAGAACUUCACCACCCGUGUCGCUCAUGUUCUCCCUGUUUCUGAUGAUGGUGGAAGUACAGCCGAGAUUGUUCGCGUCCUCGGUGGUCCUGCUGUUGGAGACAUACGCUCGAGGUGUCUGAGGUUGUCUGAUCAAAGUACCGCUGAGGCUCUUGCGGUUCGAAAUUUGCUUGGUCAUCGUUUACCACUUGAUCCAUUGCAAGCUAAAGCAGAAUGGUACUCUAUUGUGGAAGGUGAUCACUUUUUAUGGAAAGGUGUGUCAAAACCCUACAGGGAGACUAUUCGAGCUUUUCUGGUUUAUUUCCAGAACCAGAUCCUCCGCCGGUCUGAAGAAUCAUUUUGUUUCAGCAAUGGCAGCAUUGGGAAUUUCUUUUUUGCAGGAGCACGUAUAUUUUUUCAGUCCUUGGAUUCUGCAAUAUUUUUGUUUUCACGGGUUUCAGAUAUUCCCCCUGAAAGCCUGGUUCUCCCUGUGAUUUCAACCAACGACAGGCUUACAUUAGGGUGUGAAUUAUGGGAUGGAACUGUUAUACGGGGACAAAAUGAAAUUUCUCAUCCAACCAGUGGAACUAUGGAACUUAUUAAGAAGGAAAGCUUUUCAGCACCAGCACUUCCUUCAAAAAUAAAACGGGUGUUCUACAUGUCGAGUGAGGGAAAAAAUUUGCUCCAUGAGGUCUUUCCCUCAGCUAACAUGGCUGUAUUAGAGCAGUUAAAAAAUGUGGACUGCAUUGUUUAUGGCAUGGGCUCCCUUUUUACUUCAAUCUGCCCCUCGUUGGUAUUACUUGGAAUUGGGGAGAUUAUUUCUUCAAGGUCCUGCCUCAAGGUACUUAUGUUAAAUGGAACGCAAGACCGAGAGACUAAUGGGUUUUUGGCUUCUUGUUUUGUAACUGCCAUUACGGAUGCCCUAAAUCGAACAUAUGGAGAUCAGAGCAAUCGCUUGCAGAGUGUUCCAAGUCAGUAUAUCAAUGCGCUUUUGGUGCCAAGAAACAGUGAAAUUCCAGUUGAUGUGGACUGUUUGGCUGCCCAAGGAAUAUUUGAUGUGAUAGUCGUUGACUCCCUACGUGAUCCUAAAGUGGGUAUAAUAUAUGACCCGAAGUCGCUGAUAAAAGCUCUUGCUGACUUAAUAAACAGAUACAUGAAGUUGCAGAUCAAUGGCUUAAUUGAUACCAAAUGAUCAGAUUUGACUUCUGAAUCCUACUUUUGCAGUCAAAGUUCUUCACAAGGUGCAAGGUGAAUUGGCCUAUUAUGCGAAAUCAUAUAUGGGAACUUCAGUUUUUUCCAAAACGUUCCAGUUUAUCCCUUGCCAUCAAAAUACAGAGACCGGUGAUGACGCUCAAAAGUUCUCCGAAUGACAUAAUAUUUUUGUGAUAAAUACUAGGGGAAGAUUAUCUAAAUUGACGAUAAACAAAGACAUGUGAGGUUGUUAUUGUAUUAUUAUUAAGAAUAUUGAGAACAAAACAAUCUCUAGUUAGUGU